UUAACAUAGGAAAUUUGGGGAGGAAACUUCCGGUAUUAAAUUCAUGAGGAAGAGGAGUAGACGAUAAAUUGAAGUCGUCUUUUUUGAAAUGGACAGCCAAGGAAGAAAGGUUGUCGUGUGUGACAAUGGAACAGGGUUCGUGAAAUGUGGAUUUGCAGGAUCCAAUUUUCCUACACACAUCUUCCCAUCUCUGGUGGGAAGACCAAUUAUCAGGUCUACAGCAAAAAUAGGAAACAUUGAAAUUAAGGAUGUUAUGCUUGGAGAUGAGGCAAGUGAACUGCGCUCCAUGCUUGAGGUGAAUUACCCAAUGGAGAACGGAAUUGUGAGGAACUGGGAUGACAUGCUUUUGCUGUAUGACUAUACCUUCGGUCCUGAAAAACUAAACCUAGACUGCAGGAACAGCAAAAUCCUACUUACAGAACCGCCAAUGAACCCUAGCAAAAACAGAGAAAAGAUGGUGGAGGUUAUGUUUGAGAAAUAUGGAUUUCAAAGUGCAUACAUUGCAAUUCAGGCAGUUUUGACAUUAUAUGCUCAAGGUUUACUAACUGGAGUAGUUGUUGAUUCUGGUGAUGGUGUCACACACAUCUGUCCUGUAUAUGAAGGAUUUGCCCUUCCUCAUUUGACCAGAAGAUUAGAUAUUGCUGGUAGAGACAUCACUAGAUAUCUUAUUAAGUUGCUUUUAUUACGUGGCUAUGCAUUCAACCAUUCUGCUGACUUUGAAACUGUACGAAUGAUGAAAGAGAAGUUAUGUUAUGUAGGAUAUGAUAUUGAACAAGAGCAAAAAUUAGCUCUGGAGACAACGGUGCUUGUAGAAUCUUACACAUUACCAGAUGGAAGAGUAAUACGUGUAGGGGGUGAGAGAUUUGGUGCUCCUGAGGCCUUGUUCCAGCCCCAUCUUAUCAACGUAGAUGGAGUGGGAGUGGCAGAACUUCUAUUCAACACAAUCCAGGCAGCCGACAUUGACACGCGUCCCGAGUUCUAUAAACAUAUUGUCUUGUCAGGGGGCUCAACCAUGUACCCGGGUCUGCCUAGCCGACUUGAGAGAGAAAUCAAACAGCUCUACUUAGAGAGGGUGCUGAAAGGGGACACAACUAAACUCUCUAAAUUCAAGAUUAGGAUAGAAGACCCUCCGAGAAGGAAACACAUGGUGUUCCUGGGGGGUGCAGUCUUGGCAGACAUUAUGAAGGAUAAGGACAGUUUCUGGAUGACACGACAGGAGUAUGAAGAGAAGGGGAUCCGAGUGCUGGAUAAACUCGUAUCAGGACCACAGUGAUAACUCCUGCUCUAGGACCUAACCAAAUUCCAUUCCACAAGUCACCACACUUCAUAGGGAACAUUCUCAUUUAAAUCAAAUCUUAAGCAAAUAAAGGAUUGCUGUUUAAAGAUAUUUAUUGACACGAGAAUAAUUCAUUAAUUUGAACAAAAUAUUUCUAAAGAGAUAUAUUGACUCCAGGAAUAUAGUAGAAUUUAUGAUUUGUCUCUGACAUCAAAGAAAAGGUAUUUGCUAUAUCUCUGUAGAGUGGUUUUAUCAUCACAUAAAAAGUACAGGUAGAAAAUAUAUACUGGUUUAAAAAUAUAUACUGGUAGAUAUUUUAAACAGCAGUCAAUAUUUUAAGCAGCAGUCAACAGUUAAAUGAAAAUAGCAACAGUAAUACUUGUGAACGAAAUUAUGGUGCCUUUAUGGUCUGGAUUGAAGAAUGUGUGCAUUAUACAUGUGAUAUGAAUAGUGACAUAAAUAUGCGUUAAGUGUAGACAGCAAUCAUUUGUACAUGAUGGACAAAUCCAAAGUAGGGUGCUUUGUCUCCUACAUUUACUGUUUUACUGUUUAUUUAUGUACUGAUAAUUUCAAGGUUUUUUUCUUCUUUUGUAGUACAUGUAAUUUAUAUAGUAAUAUAAACGUUCAGUGAUGUGGAUGUUUACAAAAUACUUCAAUUUAAAUGAUCAUAAAUGUCGAGGAUUUAUACAAUAUAAAGCAUUUAAUGUUACAUCUAAAGUAAAAAACAAGAGCCUAUGUUUAAAGCAGUUUAAUAGCCAUUACUGAACAAAAUGAUAGUUUCUGUUAUGAAUGUUUUUUUUCCCCUAAUUUUUUUUUAAGAGGAUGAUUUAAACGAAGUUCUAAAAUUAUCCCAAGUUUAUGUAUUAGUUAUAUGAAGACAAAGACAAGUUCUAUCUUUGUGUUUUACGUUAAUGAUGCAAUGUUAAUUGAGAACAAUGUAGUUGUAGUGGGAAAGGAAUGAUUUUCAUUACAGAAUGUCUGUACAUGUCUCAGUAAAGGUUUAAGAGCAAUUAUAUUUGUACUGGUGCAUGAAUGAAAUGAUACACAAUAUGUGAUUGCCAACAUGGAUGGAAAAAUCUAUAUUUAUUACAACUGCUAGAAAUCUUUCUUGUUUCAGUGAUAUUUGUAUGUAAUAUAUGUAUGUUCCAGUAACCUGUUGGAAUGAGUCAUUUCAUAACAGAUAUAUAUUGAAAAUAGCAAUAUCUAUUGUAAAUGGUCAAAUAUUAAUCACCAAAUUUUUAAUAAACUUUAAAUCUUUCA